AUGGAAGGAUUUGGUUUUAACAACAACAAUACCAAGAAUGAAGAAAUCAAUGAUGUUAGAAACGGUUUGAAAUACGAGUUUUAUGGUAGUGAAAAGGACGAUGAUUCUUCUUAUGUUUCAACAACAGAUGAAGAGAGUGAUGAAGAAAACAGUUCAGAAAGUGAUUCUUUCCCUGCUGCCAAGUCUCAUAACAGUAAAAAGAAAUCAAGUAACAAAGCUAAGAAGAAGUUGAAGUCAAAGAAAAGCAAGGAAUAUGAGUGUCCAAUUUGCUACAAAACUUUCAGGUCAGGACAAGCAUUAGGAGGACAUAAAAGAUCACAUUUUGUUGGAGGAUCUGAAGAGAACACUACUUUUGUCAUCAAACAAAAUGCUGCUGCUCCUUGUUUGAUUGAUCUCAAUCUUCCUGCUCCUGUUGAUGAAUAA